ACCGUCAAGCCCUGUGAUUCUAGGUUUAUACAUGGAAAUUGGAAAUGACAGAUAUACUAUUAUAGACUUUUAGUCUUCCGGCAACCAAUAAGAUUAAAAUAACCAGUUAAAAACUUAUAUUUAUACACACCACUGACCUCUUAAGAUUCACGAGGGGAAGGGGUUGAGAGUGUAACGGUAUCUGUUUGCUUCGACCAACUGGGAGUAGCAUUCGAAUAAAUUGGGCACCCAUUUCUUCAAUUUUUCUCCCUAACAUAGGAGUACUUCUGGGACAAAUACCUCUGAAGUAUGGAAAAUAAAGCUAGUCCAGCGGAGCGUGGGUACCAUAUGCCUGCAGAAUGGGAGAAUCAUUCUCAGUGUUGGAUGGGAUGGCCUGAACGUCCUGAUAAUUGGCGUGAAGAUGCCGUGCAUGGUCAAUGUGUCUUUGCCAAGGUGGCUUCAGCUAUCUCAAAGUUUGAGAGUGUUACAGUCUGUGCAAGGGCAUCACAGUGGGCUAAUGCACGGGAUCAGUUACCACAAAAUAUUAGGGUAUUGGAGAUGAGCAUGAAUGAUGCUUGGUUUCGGGACAUUGGUCCAACUUUUGUUGUGUGUGACAGGCCUCUAGAAAAUAAAACCCAAAUUGUUGCAGGCAUUGAUUGGAAUUUCAAUUCUUGGGGUGGAGCAAUAGAGGGAUGUUAUGCAGACUGGGAUCUUGACAGUCUUGUUGCUAGAAAGAUCCUUGAAGUGGAGAGGCUUAUAAGAUUUCCGCAUUCCAUGGUUUUGGAAGGAGGCAGUAUUCAUGUGGAUGGAGAAGGUACUUGCAUCACAACAGAAGAGUGUUUACUUAAUCCUAAUCGCAAUCCUGACCUUACAAGAGAAGACAUAGAGCAUCAACUCAAGUUGUACCUUGGAAUUAAAAAAAUUAUUUGGCUGCCUUGGGGUUUGUAUGGAGAUGAUGACACCAAUGGACAUGUGGACAAUAUGUGCUGCUUUGUGAAGCCUGGAGUGGUUAUGUUAGCAUGGACUGAUGAUGAACAUGAUCCACAAUAUGAACGCUCAGUUGAGGAUUAUUCUAUUCUUUCCAAGGCUACAGAUGCACAAGGACGGAUGCUGCAGAUAAUCAAGUUGUGUAUACCAAGGCCUCUUUUCAUGACAGAAGAAGAGGCAGCAGGUCUUAAAGCCCUUGAUGGAAAACAAAGGAUUUCUGGAACCAGACUUGCAACGUCAUAUAUAAACUUCUACAUUGCAAACAAAGGGAUCGUUGCUCCUGCAUUUGGAGACGAGGAAAGAGAUAAAGAAGCCUUUUGUGUCCUUUCUGAAGCUUUUCCUGAUCGUGAAGUUGUAAUGAUACCAGGUGCAAGGGAAAUUGCCCUUGCCGGUGGUAAUAUACAUUGUAUAACACAACAACACCCAGCUGGCUUGGUUUAACAGAGCAAAUGGUAGGGGCGUGGGAAGGCUAAAACUUAUUUAUGCUGUGGUGUCUUUAGCAGAAAUGUGCCUCCAUAUGGUGAGAAAGCAGCCUUUAGGAUGAUUGGGUUUUCUUGAGCUAUAAAUUAUUCUUAUAACAACACCUGUAUAUCAGGCCAUAUAAGCAGUAGCAGACUGAACCUUUUACUUGGAUUUCAAUCAACUGGAAUUAUGCCUUUUUAUAUAGAGUUGCAUGUCAGAAGUUGGCAUAAGAGCAUGGAGAUAAAAUAUGUAUUGUCUUUUAAAGUAAAUGCUUCUCUGAUACACAAAUGGGAUUAAUGUGGCCUCCUAACAUUUACUUGUUACUCUAUUCUAGCAAUGUUUUGAUAUGCCCUUUAUUCUA